AUGCCUUCCGACCCUCCAGCCGGGCCCCUCGCGGGACCCGAUCACAAUAACGAGAGAAUCCUAAACUCAAACGACCACUCCGCAAGCAGUUCUGCUGGCUCGGAACACACCAAGGUCGAAACGGACAAUGAACAAAUUGAAAAUGCUCAGCCCGCGAAUGCGCCGGCCGCCAAUGAGACAGGCCGCCCUCGCAAUCAUCCUCACUGGGGUGAGACAACAGUUGCUCCCGCGGUCACCAAAGGUUCAGAUGACCUACCAGACGCCGAAAAAGUCGGGACGAAUGAUAAGAUGGAGCUCACCGAGGACAUGUGCUACGAUGAGCUUGGAUAUGCAUUCCCGGAAAAGAAGAAGUGGUGGAUUCUGACCGUCAUCUUUCUGGUCCAGGUAUCCAUGAACUUCAAUACCAGCUUGUACUCAAAUGCGGUUCCUGGUAUGUCGGAAGAAUUUGGCAUCAGUGCACAGGCUGGCCGAUGCGGUGCCAUGAUCUUCCUUGUCCUAUACGCUUUUGGCUGUGAACUCUGGGCACCUUGGAGUGAAGAGUUGGGAAGGAAGCCUAUUUUGCAAUUGAGUUUGUUUCUCGUCAACGUCUGGCAACUCCCUGUGGCUCUUGGGAAAAACUUCACCACAAUUAUGGUCGGUCGAGCCCUUGGCGGUCUCUCCUCCGCUGGCGGUUCCGUUACUCUGGGUAUGAUUGCAGACAUGUGGGAGGCUGACACCCAACAAUAUGCUGUCGCCUUUGUCGUCUUCUCUUCGGUCGGUGGUUCGGUUUUGGGCCCUGUUAUUGGUGGUUUUUCCGAGGCAUACUUGGGUUGGAGGUGGAGUAUCUGGCUUCAAUUGAUUUUCGGCGGAGCCGUCCAAAUCCUCCAUUUCGUGUGCGUUCCAGAGACCCGUUCUACUAUCAUGAUGGAUAAAAUCGCAAAGAGGAGACGCGAGGCAUCUGCAAAAGAAGGAAGAGAGGAAAAUAUCUGGGGGCCAAACGAGUUGGUUCCUUUCCGUGAGCGUUUCUCAGCCAAGGAGAUCCUCGUAACCUGGAUUCGACCAUUCAAGAUGUUCUUGACCGAGCCUAUCGUUCUCACACUUUCGCUCCUCUCUGGAUUCUCUGAUGCACUGAUCUUCAUGUUCAUCCAAUCUUUCUCGCUCGUCUACAAGCAAUGGGGAUUUGGAACCGUCGAACUUGGAUUGGCAUUCAUCCCUAUCUUGAUCGGCUAUUUCAUUGCCUGGUUUUCCUUUAUUCCAGUCAUUAAGCGGAACAUCGCCGAGCGAAGGGCCAAACCCGAGGAUGAGACAGCGCAAUACGAGUCCCGACUUUGGUGGCUUCUUUACACCGCACCUUGCUUGCCCAUUGGCUUGAUCGGCUUUGCUUGGACAUCUACUGGUCCACCAUUGCCAUGGAUUGCAUCUUCGAUUUUCGCAGCUAUUGUCGGUAUCGCCAACUACGCCAUCUACAUGGCCACGAUUGACUACAUGAUCUGUGCUUACGGACCGUAUUCGGCAUCAGCAACAGGUGGAAACGGAUGGGCCCGUGAUUUCCUUGCAGGUGUUCUUACAGUGCCAGCAACCCCCUUCUUCCAGAAUAUCGGAGAUAAACCACUUGCAUAUGCAUCCACCAUUCUUGCUUGCAUUUCUUUUGUACUGGUUAUUGCCGUGUAUGUUAUCUACUGGAAGGGACCGGUACUCCGAAAGCGUUCUCCAUUCGCACAGCAACUUUCCAAUGCGCGAGAGCAGCAAGACGUCCAAGGCCGACGCUUGAGCAAGCGACCAACUGGCAGCCGUGCCAGCAGCUUUGCUCGUUCUCAGCAAGAUCUUCGUGUCCGUCAAGCUACCGGAAGCCGACAAAACAGUCUCUCGGGUACUGCCGGAAGACGUACGCCCAGAGCGACACCAGGACACACACCUGCCCAAAGCCGUGCAGCCAGUCCAGUUCGUGAGGAGGAGGAGUAA